CCAAAUCCUCUGGGCGGCCUUGGCUUUGGAAGUGGGACCCCCCCAUCUGUGGGGGUUACACUUGCAGUGACCACUUGGCCAGAACACGCCUGGCCUUGCAGGCGGCUGCAGCCGAGGCUGCACCUCGCAGCGGGGGUCCUGGUGCAUUUCUGCCUUUGCCACCCUGCAGUUAAGGUGGAGGGUCGCAGCAUCCGCCACUUCGGCAGCAUGCGGCCGGUGAGGGGAACCACUGGGGCCUUGGAACCUUUGCAAGCAGGCGCCUGGGUCUGCGGGUGCCAUGGUGCAGGCAGGCGGCUGGGUCUGCGGGUGCCACGGUGCAAGCAGGCGGCUGGGUCUGCGGGUUGCGGGUGCCACGGUGCAGGCAGGCGGCUGGGUCUGCGGGUCGCGGGUGCCACGGUGCAGGCAGGCGGCUGGGUCUGCGGGUCGCAGGUGCCACGGUGCAGGCAGGCGGCUGGGUCUGCGGGUGCCACGGUGCAAGCAGGCGGCUGGGUCUGCAGGUUGCGGGUGCCACGGUGCAAGCAGGCGGCUGGGUCUGCGGGUGCCACGGUGCAGGCAGGCGGCUGGGUCUGUGGGUGCCACGGUGCAAGCAGGCGGCUGGGUCUGCGGGUUGCGGGUGCCACGGUGCAGGCAGGCGGCUGGGUCUGUGGGUUGCGGGUGCCACGGUGCAGGCAGGCGGCUGGGUCUGCGGGUUGCUGGUGCCACGGUGCAGGCAGGCGGUUGCAUUUCCAGCACUGGAAGCCUCGAACCGCAGCUGCUGUUGGUGCAUUUCAACGCCGGCUGCAUUGUGUGGGCCGGCAUCGGAGGCUGCGUGAUGCCCGGGUCCGGGUGGCGCUUUGGUGACUUUC